CUCUCCUUUGUAUAAUUAUAUUCUGUACAAAUUAUUACGUUUUAUUUAAUUUAAAAUAUAUUCUCAAUGAUUCGCUGAUUGCAUAAUCAAACAAGGAAAUGGUGUUAAUAAACUUUUCGCAGCAGUAACCAAUUAAAUCAAUCGACACAAGAUUGAAAAUUGCAACAGAAUAUGCAACAUUAGUUCAAAUUAUGAAAUAUUUGCCAUUGUGGGUUACAUUUAGCGAAUGUAUCACGUACUGUCAAUAAAACCACCCCUAAAACUUCCCCGCGAGGGCGCAAAAGUUAUUGGCGAACCUCAGAAGACUUCUUCAUGCGUGGCAUACAGAUAAACCUACAGAAAACAUGCGCUAGUAAAGUGACUACAGUGUACGUUAUUGACUCGAAACUCUUAUCUCUUAGCAACUUUUAUCAAGUCCAUAUGAUCACGUGUGCUUCAAAACCAGUGAUGCCCAAUCAGCAAAAGUGUUGUAUCCACGAACUGUACACGUAAAUGAACGUUAUGAACGUCAUCGCUGCGGUCACAUUAAAAUCUCGGUCAAAAACUAUCGCGUCGAAAAAUGUACCAUGAUGAUUUCCGUAAACCAGUAGAUGAGCUCACCAGGAAGUUCCUAUGCGGUUUCCCAAUAAAAACCAUCACUUGGGAUGAACGAUUGAAUAAUUCGGAUGCCCAGCGACUUCUUGUUAACAGCACUAUAAAUCACUUGCGUAACAUUGCUUUUCCUAUAAAGCGUUCCUAUCAAAAAGCAUUUUUAAAAUGGGUUAUAAAUAAUCUUGAACGAAACACUGAGACUGAAAUACAGGAUUGUGUUUACAAUGCUUUAUGUAAUUUAGUGAGUGAAGCUGAUGCUGAUAAUGUGAACUAUCAUAAACAUUAUUUGACUGAGUGUAGUGUAGUGAGUUUAUGUGAGAGCGAAAAGAUUAUUUCAGAGGGCACGACUGAAGAGAGUUGUCAAGUCACCGAAGAAGCAAUUCCGGAACAAAAGUGGUUCGUCUGGUCAACCGACACGCCGAUUAGAUUGUUCAAAGUGAUCGCCAACUAAGGAGGAGAACAUUUGAAAAAGUGUUCAAUGUUUUUCUUCCGCAAAAUAUUACAUCCAAUAUACAUCUACUUGCAAAUUUUAAUUAGGAAAGGGGAUUAUGACGUCAUAUCUUGAAAACAGCGCCAUCUCACAGUAAAUGCAUGUAUUUUCCGUAAGAGAAGAAGAGGUCUGCUGCGUA